CGAUCAGAACAGAGGCACUUAUUCUCAUCGGGAUCGUGCUUUAUUGCGUGUGUGUGUGUUUGUCGUAUCGCUUUGCUCUCGUUAAGGACGCCACCAAGCGCAAUGGCCGUCAACGUGCACUUUACCGGGCAGACAACGGAAAAUCUGUCGCGCGUUGAGCUGCUCGCUUGGGUCAACCGUACGCUGCUGUCGGAGUUCAAGAAGGUCGAGGAGCUGUGUACCGGCGCCGCCUACUGCCAGCUGAUGGAUGUGCUGUUCCCGGGCUCGGUGCCGCUGAAGCGCAUAAAGUACUGUACGAACGUCGAGCACGACUUUCUCAGCAACCUACGCCUGUUUCAGAAUGCGCUGGUGCAUCUGAAAGUAAACCGAUCGGUACCGAUCGACCGGCUGGUGAAGGGUCGCUUUCAGGAUAACUUUGAGUUUCUGCAGUGGUUCAAGAAGUUCUUCGAUGCGAACUACGACGGCAAGGAGUAUGAUCCGCAGGCGGCCCGUAAUAAUGCUCCGAUGGGGUACGGGACACCCGGUACGCUCAAGCCAAGCCAACGGGCAAACAUUGUUGGCGGAGGCCACCGGCCACUACAUGUCGGCAUUGCUCAGAAGACGAUCAGGAGCCGUUCGGGAGACAGUAACGGUUCUGGGGAGAAAGCAGUGUCUGAGAAGCAACCAUCGAAAGCGACCGAAACGAUCAAUGCGCUCGCAUCGGAGAUCGAUGACCUUACCGUGCAGAUGCAGCGCAUAGAAAUGUCACGAGAUUACUACUAUCAGAAGCUAGCGCAGAUUGAAGCGUGGAUGCAAGAGCACGGAACAAAGGAGAACGAAGCGUUUUGUGAAAAAGUGGUUCAAAUAUUGUCGUCACAGGAGUAGUAGGCGAUGCAUCAGCGCUCCCGCCAGUGCCUUCUCGAUGUUGCAAUUGUGUAUGUGUUUUUGUU